AUGGAGCUCUUCCGCCGAGGUGCCUCUUCGCUUUUUGGCUCAUCCAACGUCUCUCUGGCCUCGUCGAGGACCGACGCGGAAACUGAUGUGAUCGGAGAUAAUGCGCUAUCCCAAAAGGGAUUCAAAUCGAUCUCGGAAGCUGACAAGCUAUUCGACAAACCUGAUCCCGCUGUCGAUGGCGAAGAUUGUUUACACGAUUGCGCAAGCUGUACCGUCAAAUACCCCGCCAAAUUCGACGUCGACCAAAAAGAUGAGCUGUACGGACACGUCAAGGGAUGGGCAACUCAUUUGCUGGUUGCUACGGGCAAAUCAGAUUGGGUGCGCGACGUGGCCGAUGAGUCUGGCAGCGUCAUGGAGGCUAUCGAGAAGGGCGGGCUACAACCAAGCAAUGGGAAUUUGAAAAUCUCAGCAUCAAAUAUGCCCGUCCCCGACGAAUAUCACAUGCACGAAAAAGGCACACAGCCCACGAAUGUUCUCCUGCUGCCGAGUUUCACUGUCGUCGAGCAAGUUACCCCACAGCUGGUCCCGGACUUGAUCGAGCACUUUGUCAACAAGUCCCCGACGACAACAACGCCGCUCGGCGCCGUGCCCACCACAUCCAGCGAAGCAAAUCACCAGGAAGAGAGACCAUCAUCUUCUUCUCCAUCUCCAGCGAACACGUCCAUCUCAACUCCCCUUCGAUCCCAUCCGUGCCCACAUGCGGCCGUCAUUCUACUCUGCUCUCAACGAACCCGCGAUGCCCGCUGUGGACAAUCCGCACCUCUUUUGCGAAAAGAAUUUGAGCGUCAUCUUCGUCCCCUAGGCUUAUACCGAGAUAUGGACGAUACACGGCCUGGCGGUGUGGCUGUCUAUUUCAUCAGUCACGUCGGCGGUCACAAGUACUCGGCCAACGUGAUUGUCUAUCGACGUCGCGAUUUCGAGUGGUACAAGCGGGACGACGCAGAGAGCGCUCGGGACCAGGAGGGAGCGACACAGGGCAUCUGGCUUGCGCGGGUGCGGCCAGAAGAGUGCGAGAAUAUCAUCAAGUAUACAGUACUUCAAGGCAAAGUGCUCAAACCGGGGAAGCAACUGCGAGGGGGAUUUGAUCGUGAGCGAGGAUUGACGAGUUGGUAA